AUGGUCCUGAUGAGAGUGAUGCCGUGCGUGUCCCUCUGCCUGCUGCUGGCGUCCGUCGGCUCGGGCUGUGGACCGGGCAGGGGGUACGGGAAGCGAAGGCACCCCAAGAAGCUCACACCGCUGUCUCUGAAACAGUUCAUCCCCAACGUGGCCGAGAAAACCCUGGGAGCCAGCGGCAAGUACGAAGGCAAGAUCACCCGCAGCUCGGAGAGGUUCAAAGACCUGACUCCCAACUACAACCCCGACAUCAUUUUUAAGGAUGAGGAGAACACCAACGCAGAUCGGCUCAUGACACAAAGGUGUAAGGACAAACUGAACUCUUUGGCUAUUUCAGUCAUGAAUCAGUGGCCUGGGGUUAAACUUCGGGUCACAGAGGGCUGGGAUGAGGACGGCCAUCAUUCCGAGGAGUCUCUGCACUAUGAGGGCCGAGCGGUGGACAUCACCACCUCAGACCGGGACAAGAGCAAGUACGGCAUGCUGUCUAGGCUGGCUGUUGAGGCUGGCUUUGACUGGGUCUACUAUGAGUCCAAAGCCCACAUCCACUGCUCUGUAAAAGCAGAAAACUCUGUGGCAGCUAAGUCUGGAGGUUGCUUCUGUGGUUCAUCCGUGGUGAUCCUGGCAGAUGGAAGAACUAAACCACUAAAAGAGCUCCGGGUGGGGGACAAGGUGCUAGCCGCUGACCAACAAGGAAAUCUUGUUUCCAGUGACUUUCUUAUGUUCAUGGACCAGGACCGACAGAUUACAAGACAGUUCCGUGUCCUGGAGACUGACGAGCCACGUCGCAGACUGACACUGACUCCAGCUCACCUUGUCUUUGUCAUGAAGGACAACAGCACCGACAGCAGCGACAUUACAGCUGUGUUUGCCAGUAAUGUAAAAAUAGGACAGCGGCUUCUUGCUGUUGGGAAUGACCGGCCAGACCGCCUCAUCUCUGCAAGAGUGACAAAAACGUAUAUGGAGCAUUGUGAAGGGUCUUAUGCACCUGUAACAUCUCAUGGAACCAUCAUAGUGGACCAGGUUUUGGCUUCCUGCUAUGCGGUGGUUGAGGCUCACGACCUGGCACACUGGGUUCUUGCACCAGUACGACUAUGGCACUCAUUCUUGUCACUGGUUGGGAUGGUGAACGAGCUCAACAGUCUCCACCAAGCGGAUGGUGUCCACUGGUAUCCAGAGCUCCUCUACCACGUGGGUGGCUGGCUUUUGGACAGCAGCUCUUUUCACCCACAAAGCUGA